AUGAUAGACGUUAUGGAUGCAGAAGCUUCUCUAAGCAGCAAGGAUGAAGAACACAAGCUCGAUACUGAUGCAGUCCUCUCGCAAACAGAAGAAGAAGACAAUGCACACAACGAGUAUGAUGAUGACAACGAUGAUGGCAACGAUGAGGAGGGUACUAAUGGCGCAGUUGAAUACCCAGGUACAGUAUUGCCAGACAACAAUCAGCAAGAGAUUGACGCCGAUAUUGAUUUGACAGCUGGAUUAGAGUCUGACGCCGAAUUCAUUGAUCUUGUGCACUUGAAAAUUGGCUCACUCGAAGAUUUGAACUUGUCACGAUUCAAGAAGUUGGAAUCGUUAUGUUUACGACAAAAUUUAAUAACCUCCAUCGUUGGAGUCAAAGACAUCUCAUCAACUUUGGAGGAGCUAGAUCUUUAUGAUAACAGAAUAAAUCAUAUAUCGAGUUCCAUAAAGCAUUUGACAAAUUUGAAGAAUCUCGAUUUGUCAUUCAACAUGAUCAAGAAUAUUAAAAAUAUUGAAACGUUGGUAAACUUGGAAAACUUGUAUUUCGUGGCUAACAAGAUCAAGGAGAUAAAAAACUUGGAUUCAUUGACCAAAUUGGUGAACUUGGAACUUGGAGGAAACAAGAUUGAGGUGAUUGAAAAUCUUGAUAACCUCGUCAACAUUACCCAGUUAUGGCUAGGGAAAAACAGGAUUCAUAAAUUGCAGAAUUUAGACGGGUUGGUUAACCUAAGAGUUCUCUCGAUACAGUCAAACAGGAUAAGAAAGAUCGAGGGCCUUGAUAAGUUAAACAAUUUAGAGGAAUUGUAUUUGUCUCAUAAUGGUAUCGAGAAGAUAGAGAAUUUGGAAAACAACACCAAUCUUCAAGUAUUGGACGUCACUUCCAAUAAGUUGACUGACUUGUCCGGAUUGAAGCAUUUGACAAAAUUGACUGAUUUUUGGUGCUCCUACAAUCAAGUGCUGAGUUUUGAAAAUGUGGGCAAGGAAUUGGGCAAGUUACCUGACUUGGAGUGUGUUUAUUUUGAGGGAAAUCCUAUCCAAACUGAGAAUCCUACAGCAUAUCGCAGAAAAUUGAAAUUAUAUUUGGGUCCAUCGUUGAAUAAGAUUGAUGCAACUUAUAUACAUGGGUAG